AUGAGUGAAACGGUCGUGAAGACGCUUGGCGUAACACUCAAACUCAUCCUCGACCCUACCCAGCCGGAGGACUCCAUCGCCCGGUGGACGAGCGAGGGCACCGCCGAGGGCCGCCCGGGCGACGACGUGUUCGAGGCCCCGCUGCACUGGCACAGGAACCACUCCGAGUUCAUGGACGUGCGCGAGGGCCGCGUCCAGAUCACCAUCGACGGCGUCGUCACCGUUGCCAAGGCCGGCGACAAGCCGGUCCACAUCCCCGCGGGCGCGGUGCACGCGCUGAAGAGCUUCCCUGGGGAGAGGGUUGUCGUGCGGGAGAGCGCGGACCCGCCGGGGGAGUAUAAGCAUUUGUGA